UGCCUCACAUUUUGCAUUAAACUUGAACACUAUAAAAGUUGUAACAUUUUUUUACAUUCCCACACACUACGAAUUUUUAUAGCAAAAUAAGAAAAAUGGCCGUGAAGAUCUCAACCAUAUCAGCACUGGUCGUCUUUCUUGCUCUGCUUAGCUUAAGCCAUUUUAGUCAUGGCGAACUUCAGCUCGGAUUUUACAAUAAAACUUGCCCAAACGUGGAGAAGAUCGUAUUUGGAGUUGUUCAAGAUGCAUUCAGGACGAACUCAAGACUUGCACCCCUAAUGAUUCGCCUCUAUUUUCACGAUUGUUUUAGCAACGGAUGUGAUGCAUCACUUCUUCUAGAUAGUACUACCAGUGAGAAAACGGCGGGGCCAAAUCUAAGUGUAGAUGGGUAUGCUCUGAUAGAUGCCAUCAAAGAUGAGCUCGAAAUCAAAUGUGCCGGGUUCGUAUCUUGUGCUGACAUCAUAACUCUCGCUACUAGAGAUCUUGUGAAUCUUGCAAGCGGAGGAAAAGCAAGAUAUGAGAUACCAACGGGACGAUUUGAUGGUAGGGAGUCUUUGGCAUCAUCAGUAGAUUUGCCGGGUCCUCAAAUGAGUGUCGCGGACACCUUUGAGAUGUUUGAAAAAAGAAACCUUGACCUUACCGAUAUGGUUCUACUUCUUGGUGGACAUACAAUUGGAAAAACGCAUUGUUCAUUCAUUAAGGACCGGCUGUAUAAUUUUAAGAAUACACAAGGACCUGAUCCAGCUAUGGAUCCUAAAUUGGUCAAAGAGUUAAAGCGUGAAUGUCCUGAAAAUUCAAAACAAAAUAAAGCCAUUAAUCUGGAUCAAAAUGUUUCUAGCUCGAAUAUUGUCGAUGCAUCUUUCUACAAGCAGAUCAAAUCUGGCCGAGGAAUUCUUCAAAUCGAUGACCAACUCGCCACCGAUGAAAUGACGGAACAGAUAGUAACGGAUUUAGCCGAGGGUGACGAUUUCUUGGCUAGGUUUGGUCAGGCGAUGGUGAAAUUGGGGUCGUUUGGAGUUAAAAAUAAGGACGCUGGCGAGAUCAGAAAAUCGUGUCGUUCUUGCAAGAAUCGGUUUUGCACGGCAUAAAUCUUCUGUCGUUUUUAUUAUGUUUUGACAUUUUCGUUUUUCAUUUUGUCAUGUUUUAUUUUGGAUUGCUGAUUUUUUUUUUUCAAAUUGUUAUAUGUCUUAUGUCACCUGAGUUCUUCUUAAGGAUUAACUAAAGGAAUAACAAUGAAAAUAAAAUAAUGCAACGACGGUCAAGAGUUCGUUUUUGUUUCCUUUUUUAUCUAAUGUUUGCUGGAAUAUGACACUGUUUACGGGUGAUUUAUGUUUACUUCAUAGGUUUAAGUUUC